GUCAGGAGUGAUUUCGAAGUAGACAACAGUUUCGUAUAAUUAUAAGAAAUGAAUACUUUUAUUGUUAUAACUUUUACAGUUGUUGCUGCUUUAGUACUCGUAGAAUGUAGUCCUUCAAGAAGAAGGCAUUCGCAUCAUGACGACAGUGACGAGAUUAUCAUAAUACGAGGUAAUCGCAAGCUCAAGUGUCAAGAAAAUGAUUCUUCGUCGUCGUCGUCGUCGUCUUCAUCUUCAUCUUCAUCAUCAUCUUCAUCUUCAGAGGAAGAUAAUGAUUGCAAUGGGGGUCGAAAUACUAACGAUGAUUCUUCUUCAUCAUCUUCUUCGUCAUCUUCAUCUUCAUCUUCCUCUUCAGAAGAAAAUGAUGACAAUAAUGAGUCGAAAAAUAAUUCUGGAUUUCAACAUAAAAAGUAUGUACACAUCAAGGGAAGAAAGGAUUAAGAAGAAUUAAAUGUAUAAAACGACUUUUAAAUGUGUUUACUCGAUAUGUAUUGAUAUUGUUGUAA